UUCCUGUACUAAUUUGUGAAUGGUAGGGUUCGUUACAUACCUGUGGACUUGUGUCCAUAAAUACAUGAUUUUGGCAAAGAUCAAAGCGUUCUUAUCGGCGAUUUAAUCUCGAUAGACAAAAGUAUUAAACAUGAUGACGGUUAUGCAUAUGCCAGCGUUGACUGGAGGUUCAUUAAUCGAGGAGGCGAAAGAGAGGACAGUAAAGGUUCAAGGAAAUAGAGAAAGCAGUAUGCAGGGAGUUGUGAAUGUUUUGAUGAAAUAUGGCGUCUUGGAUUCGGAAAUUGAAUUGCUGGCUUCUGGACCACCAGGGUCAUCAGAGUAUGAUGUCACGUUCAAAACUAAAGAUAAGUGUAUUUCCUUUUUAAACAAUAUUCAAAUGAAAUCGUCAGUUUCGCACCAAGGAGUUCAAUACAGAUUUAUUAAGUAUGGAAAACAAAUUAUUACAUGUAGAGUUCAUUGGCUUCCAGCAUUCAUAAGUGACAGAGUCAUUGCAGACAACAAUUUGGAACAGUGUUGUCGGUAGAACACGAUCUAUUGACAAUAGGAGAUUUUAGUACCCAUUCAGGAGUACGUGUUGUCGUGGUGGAGUGUAGUCCGGUUCAGAAGGAGUCCAUUCCUCAUAAUAUUUCAUUUGAAUGCGGCACAAGGGCCCUGAUAACAAUGAGAGGACGGCAGCCUUUGUGCCUCUAUUGCCAAGAGGUUGGACAUGUCCACAACACCUGCCCUGAAAAUAUAAAUGCUAUAUUUAAGAAAGUUAGUGUUUCAGACAAGAACAAAGAUACUACCACAGAGAAACAGCCUGAAACUGAGAAAAGGAAGGAAACAAAGGAGCAGACAGACCAACCACAACAAAAAAAAAUAGACGCCGAGGGUUUCGAUACGGUGGGAAAUAAGAAGAAAGGAAAGAGACAGGGACGAAAGAAGGAAGAAGAGAAGAAACAGGACAUGGAAGUAGAAACAGAGAAUGACAGCAGCGAGGACGUAGAGAGCCGGUGCUCGGGUUGUUAUCCUGGGUCAGAGAGAGAACAUCAGAGUGAUAUAGUGUUUUGUGCUUUUGGUCAUUUGAGUGAUGUGAUGAUAUGUAUUGAUGUAUUAAUAUAUGUAUCAUCACUGUUAUCAUCAAUGUUCCUAUGAAUCAUUUCAUUCAUAUUUACAUAUACCAUGUAAACCGGUUUUGGGCUCAUCUCAUUUCACUAAUUGAAUUUCAUUAUCACUCAUGUUUCAUCACUAUGUAUAUACGCCAUACCAUUGCCUCAUUUUCACUCAUGUAGGCCAUAGGAACAUUGUACUAACCUUUCGUGUGUAUUGAGUUUCAUUUCAAAAAACAUAUUUAAUAUCAAACAUGCUUUUUCACAGUUGUUCAGCCUUAACUGGAUGGUGGGGUUGAGGCGGUUGAGUAGUUGUACCCAAGGCUGUCACGUGCCUCAACUCCAUCAUCCAGGGCAGCUGCAGACUAUAUAUCAUGUUCCUGGCGGACCAUUGCCGGAAGUGCCCGUGCAUGACCUGAGGUGGUUCGCUGGGAACCUCAUUUUAUUUUUAUAAUAGUUUUUUCCUUUAAAUAUACAACUUUAUAUGUUUCUUUCGGUUAUACCUUACGAUUAUCAAGGAAGUGUGGUUACAAUACUCUUUUUAUAAACGGAAAAAACUCAAUACAAAAUACUAAUUAAAACCCGCUUUAAUUAAGGAAGGUGACUUUUAUUUGUUAACAACUUUCAACUUACAAUUUUCUCUGGUUUUCAAUAACAUCAUAUACAUAUUUAAACGUGCAGACGUGAACAAAGACUGUCAUAUUAAUUAAACGUGCAGACGUAAAAAGACUGAUAUAAAUUGAAAAAUAUAAUUGUGUUUCUUAUAACUGUGUUAAUAUUGCCUAGCAUACUAAGUCACCUCUAUUUUGUUAUUAUUUUGUUAUUGUAUAUUUAGUUAUCUUAAGCGGGUACUUGGGGAACUCUACACCCCAAGUUUCGUUAGAAUAAAUUUUAUGAAACUUA